UGCGCAGCCCCGUGUUUCUGUCCUUCUGCUGCUGCAGCUCGCGGCUGUUCAAACAUUCGAGAUCUCUCUCUCUCUCACACACUCUUUCUAAACACAGCGUCUCACUAAGAAUGUAAGCCAUCUAUGUCUAGGUUUGUUUAAAGUCUGAAUCUUUUCUCUUUAAGGCUGAGCUUGGUUAUCAAGGAGACCAUAUAGGUAUUUCUCAGUGUGAGUAAAGUCAACAUCUGAGUCUUGUGUGUCCGCGCGCUCGCCUUCAAUCAAUCUCGCGCUCCGCGGGCACGGGACUAUCAGCGGUCCGCAAUCUUCUCCUCAGUGGGAAUGGAUACAGUGUCAUUCCUCUCUUUUUACCCGUGAAUGGACCAAGAAUUAGAGAAGUUUUUGCUCGAUUUAUGCUUCUGUUUGUUUUGAGCCCCUUUUCCAGUUCGUUUUCUUGCUGGCGUUCGACUCCAAACUUGUGGGAAGGAUGGACAAGGACGGACUGGUUGUGCUGUUAGUUUUCUUAAACGUGUUUUUGAUCUACACGGAUGCGUUCAGAAGAGACACCGCGGAGAGACAUUCGAGAUCUGAGGGGGGUUUCUGUCGGAUCUUGCGGACGCAGGCGCGGAGCGCUCGGAGAGACGGACAGAACGAGUUUCGCCUCAAAGUUGAAGGAGAGCCAGAAACUUACCAACCCGGGAGCACCUACAGAGUGAGUUUGUAUGCCUCCAGCCCAUCAUACUUUCGUGGUUUUACCCUCAUUGCUCUGAAGGAAGGAAGGGAGGGCGUGAGUCCUGACGAUUAUGCUGGCACUUUCAAGCUCAUUGACGAAAGCGACACACAGUUCAUGACCAACUGUCCUCCAGCUGUCACAGAGAGCAUCCCCAGAAGACGCACACGGAUACAGGUGUUUUGGACAGCGCCACCUUCUGGCAGCGGCUGCGUCACUCUCAAGGCCAGUGUUGUGCAGCGAAGAAUCAUUUUCUUCCAAGACGAGGGCUCGCUUACCAAAAGAUUGUGCGAGAAAGAUCCCGUUGCGAUUACUGAAAAACCUGCUCAGGAGUGCUGUGCUUGUGGAACAGCCAAGUAUAGAGUGACUUUCUAUGGAAACUGGUCGGAGAAGCUGCAUCCCAAAGAUUACCCAAGACGUGCUAAUCAUUGGUCGGCUCUCAUUGGAGCGUCUCACACGAGAAGUUACGUGUUAUGGGAAUAUGGAGGAUUUGCCAGUGAAGGAGUCAAGCAGGUGGCCGAGUAUGGUUCACCCGUCAAAAUGGAGGAGGAGAUCCGACAAAAGGGUGAUGAUGUUAUGACAGUCAUCAAAACCAAAGCCCAAUGGCCCGCCUGGCAGCCUCUUAAUAUUCGCGCCGCCCCAUCGGCUGAGUUUUCAGUGGAUCGAGUCCGACAUCUGAUGUCCUUUUUGACCAUGUUGGGUCCCAGUCCUGACUGGAACGUGGGUUUGUCUGGAGAAGAUCUCUGCACCAGGGAUUGUGGUUGGGUCCAAAAACUGGUGAAGGAUCUGGUGCCGUGGGAUGCUGGGACUGAUAGUGGCGUCUCUUAUGAGUCUCCCAAUAAACCCAGCAAUCCUCAGGAGCGCAUUCGACCCCUGACCAGCUUGGAUCACCCACAGAGCCCAUUUUAUGACCCUUCAGGCGGCCCCAUGAUACCACUCGGCCGAGUGGUGGUGGAGAGAAUCGCAAGAAAGGGAGAGCAGUGCAAUACCGUGCCCGACACGAUAGACGAUAUCGUCGCUGAUAUUGCUCAGGAGGAGAAGGAGGAAGGAGAUAACACUCCAGAGACAUGCAUUUACUCCAACUGGUCUCCGUGGUCGGCCUGCAGCUCCUCCACCUGCGAUAAGGGGCGGAGGAUGAGGCAGAGGAUGCUAAAAGCGCAACUGGACCCCAACCUGCCCUGCCUGCACACCCAAGACUUUGAGCCUUGUAUGGGGCCGGGCUGUAGCGAGGAGGAGGCCUCUACGUGUAUGAUGUCUGAGUGGAUCAGCUGGUCACCGUGCAGCGCUUCAUGUGGGAUGGGCAUGAGGUCCAGAGAGAGGUACGUCAAGCAGUUCCCAGAGGAUGGAUCCAGCUGCACACUGCCAACAGAAGAGACAGAGAAGUGUGUGGUCAAUGACGACUGCUCACCCAGUAGCUGUGUGGUGACAGAGUGGGGCGAGUGGGAGCCCUGUAGCGUGAGCUGUGGUUUGGGCAUGAGAAGGAGAGAACGCAUGAUGAAGAUGGACGCCUCAGACGGUUCGGCCUGUCGAGUGCAGAUGGCAGAGGCAGAGAAGUGCAUGAUGCCCGAGUGCAAUGCAGUAGUGUGUAUGCUGUCUCCUUGGUCAGACUGGGGGGAGUGCAGUGUGUCCUGCGGUGUGGGCAUGAGAACCCGUCAGCGCAUGCUAAAGACGCCCGUUGAGCCGGGCCAGUGUCCAGAUGAGCUGGAGCAGGUGGAGAAGUGCAUGCUUCCUGAAUGCCCUACAGACUGCAUGCUGUCAGAGUGGUCAGCCUGGUCCGAGUGCAACAAGUCUUGUGGGAAGGGCCACAUGAUCCGCUCUCGGAUGGUCAAGCUGGAGCCUCAGUUUGGAGGUCUGCCCUGCCCUGAGACGGUCCAGAGGAAGAAAUGCAAGAUCCGCAAGUGCUCCCGAGGCUCCCGGGCCAGCGAGAAGAGGAAGAGGCAAGAGGUUUCAGACAGGAGGAGAGCCAAGCAGAGCCGGGAGUCUGUGGCAGAGGAGAGCACAGUAGUCUGUCCGAUACGCCCUUGGUCCAGCUGGACGGAGUGUACUAAACCGUGUGAUGGGGGGACUCAAGAGCGAGUGAUGAACAUAAAGAAAAAGGGCAAAUCUUCACAGCCCAAUCACUGCAAAAACAAGAAGGAGAUCCGUGCGUGCAACGUGCACCCAUGCUAAAAGUGACUCUUUAUCGCUGUAAUACACAUACACACACAUACACAUGCCAGCACACACAGAUGCAGCUCACCAAGAAGCUGAAUAGGGCAAAAAUGAUGUAGUUUUAACCCAGGGUUUUCAGAAACGGCUGAGGGGUGUGUGUUCCAGUUACAGCUUGUAGGAUUUUAGAGUAACACACACGUGGACCAGACUUGUUAUCCGUGAAUAGUUUUAGAUGCCUUCCUAACGGGCGUAUACUGUAUCAAUGUAUAACCAACACUUUUCAGUACCAACGAGAUCCAUGUGCACUUCUUUGCAUCAUUCAUUAUGCACAAAGCAAACAGAUUCAGACACGUAGCAUUCCUCUAAAUGGUUUUCUUUCUGCAUCCAGGCAUUUUGGAUGCAACGUCAUACUGUUUGUGAAGGAAAGCUGUGUUUACUGUCAGCAUUUCAGUUUCUAAUCCGGGGCUGCGUUUAUUGAGCGCAAUCAAGGUGGGUCACUCACAAAUCAAUGCACAAUUGAUUCGGACAACAAGUGUUUGGGUGAGGAAGGACGAUUCUUUUUCCUCAAUUGUCAGAAGAUUUAGUUGAAUGCAGGCUUAGGAUGAUGCCUAUAGGUAGUUUAACAUUGUAUAAGCACAGCUAAGCAUAACCAUUAAACUUUUUUGUGAGGGGAGGGGGUUAUUUUAUAAAUCGUGAUAUGUUAACUUUGAGAAAAUAGAUUGCAGUUUUUUAUUGCGUUAUUAGAUGUAUAAGAGGCUAAUGUAAAAUAGUAACUCCUAUAUAGGGAAAGAAGGCAUUUCAGUUAGACGUUUUCUUACUUUUAUUGUGUAAUUUUGAUAUAUUAAGCUUCAAAAAGUCUUGCCAAAGUCAAGUGUGGAUUUUCCUUCAUUAUUUUCUGUCUCAGUCUGUUUAUCUUCUUUUCACUCUCCUUUCACCUUUCCUCUGCAAUAUCCUGCUAUUUUGGAAUAAAUCUUUACAAUAAAAGUUGAUGUGACUACA